AGGAAUAGCAGAUGCGGCGUGAGUCUCAUCUAAGACAUCAAGUAGGCCUAGUAGGCCUAUUAUGGCUACAGCGUAAACACACACAUAGCCUAAGCGUCAUGCACAGCAUAGCAUGAGCUCUAUCAAAACUUCAAUUUCAACGCAGUCAAUAAAAAGCGCAGAACAUGAGACGACUCAUUGACUGGUUCAAGAACCCCUCAUACCCCGACGUUUGGAACCCCAGAAGAAGCGCUCCCCGCCAGCGCCUCUUCCAGCGUUCUGUCUUCAGCCACGAGGCUCACAGCAUCACGCCUACGCUCACGGUAGAUGACCAGACCUUCACAUUCGAAGAUGGAUGCUGGGUUGGCGAAACAAGUGUUCACUCCAGGGGGAGCUCUAAGAAAAGACAAGACGUGAACGAGCCGAGGCUUGAGACGGGCGCCGACCCGAGGGUCCGCAGCUUGAAGAAAGAGGUUCGCCACCUGAGGGAGGAGAACAAUGCCCUGAGACUGCAAAACGAGCUGCUCUUUGACAUGCUUACUGAGAGCACCGCAGAGUCGUGUGUCAUGGAGCAGCUGCUGCAAGAUUCAGAGAAAGCCCUGAAAAAGGAAGUCAAGAGAAGGCAUACAAUCUGCCAAUAAUAAAUAAACUGAACUUGGAA